AUGGAGGUGAGCCUGAGAAACAUGGGGUUCGAGCCAAACCUGCUCGAGACUCUGCACGACCUACUGGACUUCUCCGACGAGCAGAACCAGUCGAGCCACCAUGCGCCUUCGCGCCAGUACGUGCGCGAGGCCAAGGCCAUGGCUGCCACGCCAGCCGACAUCAAGGAGACUCAAAACGCCUAUAUUUUUGUGGUGGACGUGCCUGGGCUGAAGCCGGAUAUGGUCAACGUUCAAGUUGAGGACGACAACGUGCUGGUGGUGAGCGGGGAGAGGAGGAGAGAAAAGGAGAGGGAUCAGGGGAUUAAGUAUUUAAGGAUGGAGAGGAGGCUUGGCAAGUACCUCAAGAAGUUUGUGCUGCCUGAAAAUGCUGAUAUUGAGAAGAUCUCUGCCGAGUGUCAGGACGGGGUGUUGACUGUGACUCUGGCGAAGAAGCCGCCGCCUGAGCCUAAGAAGCCCAAGACUAUUCAGGUCCAAAUAAGCAGCGGUCAGGGCAAACAAAUCGGCCAAGGCGGUGGUCAGGGCGGCGAAGGAGGACAUGGAGGUGAUCAAGGCGGCGGGCAGGGAGGCCAAGGUGGAGGGCAAGGGGGCCAACAUGGCAGUCAAGGUGGACAAGGUGGGGGCCAAGACAGGAAAGGGCAAGGAGACGGGCAUGGAGGGCAAGGCGGGCGGGGCUCUGAUGGGCGUGCAUGA